GGUAUUCAGAGGGAUAUCAAUUGUCUUUCUGAGGAUAAUAAAUCUACCAGAAAAAGAGCAAUAGAAAAAAUCAGCAAGGAACUAAUAAAAAAGAAGCCGCCUUUAAACUCUGGUGUACUGCAAGAAUGUCUUGAGUCUAUUAUCAAGCCUGUGCUGAAGAUAUUCUCCGAUCCAUCUGAAAAAUGUCGAGAGCUGUCAAUACAAUUUGUUUUGGAGUAAGUCUAUUCCCCUAGUCUUUUCUUUUACUCUUUCUGCCAGUUAAAAAUCAAUUUUCUCAUGUUCAAUUAAACUGUGUAUGGAAUUUAUCACAGACCAUAGUAUCAUGAUAGUAGGCUGAGGCAGUUCUUAGAUUUUUUCAAAGUUUUGUCAUGUAUUUUAUAAAAUACAAGGGUGGUAGUAGCGAAGUAGUUGUAGUUCGCUACUGUAGCGAACUACAAUUUUCAAGUAGCCAGUAGUUUUUAACUACUUUUUCAAAACAGUAGCUGUAGUUAUAGCGAACUACAUUUUGCCUAAAAGUAGCCAAGUAGUUGACUACUUUUCAAACAGCAAAUCGCUAUUCGCUACUUUUUAAAAUUGUUAGCAACUUGAUAGAAUAGAAUGUUAUUAAGACACAGUUUGCUUAAAAUCAAUACUCAAUUUGCACAAAUAAAGUAUGCCGUGCAACUGUUCAAACUGUGCAAGUGCAUGCCGUCUUAUUUACUCGCGUAAGUCGAUUUGUUAUAGGUUACAUUACAGCCUGAGCUAUAGUAGAUGUUCCAUAUACAGUAAAAUUAAAAAAUAUUGAGUAGCGAAAUAGUUCGCUACAUUUUUUAAGCAGUAGUUGUAGUCAGUAGCGAACUACUUUUGUUCAAAAGUAGCAGUAGUUGUAGCUGACUACAUAUUUUUGAAGUAGCUGUAGUUAUAGCGAACUACAAAAAAAUUGUAGUCAACCCACCCUUGAUAAAAUAUGCAAUUCAAUUAUCGUAGUGCAUCAUCCUGUGUACAAGACAUGUCUGCGUUUCUACCAUACAUCAUUCCCACUUGUGUCCAACGCCUGGGCCAACAGGAAAUCAUUGAAACGUGUGAAGAAUUGAGAUUGCUAUUGCUGGAAUUAUUGAUUGCCUUGGUUGAAGUGUGUAGAGAAAAAAUGGCGAUGUACAUUGAUGAUCUGGUCAAAAUUUUACAGAAAACCAUUGCAGAUCCUUUUCAUCACGUCAAAAAGGUAAGAUGUUAA